AGAGUUUCACUGCUGAGGACCAAGAGAAUGAUUUUGAAUGGGAUGACGACAUGGAACCACUGCCAGAAGAUAGAGAACCACUGCCAGAGGAGAGAGAAUCAUUCCAGCCUCGCUCUGAUAGUUUUAAAGAGGAGGGACAUGAACAGAAAUUUCAACUCAAGAAGACCCCCAAACAACGUCAGGAACCAGAAGAGAGUUUUACUGUUGAGGACCAAGAGGGCGGUCUAGAAUGGGAUGACGAGAUAAAACCACUGGAGGAGGAGAGAGAACCAUUGGAGGAGGAGAGAGAACCAUUGGAGGAGGAGAGAGAUUCAUUCCAGCCUCGCUCUGAUAGUUUUAAAGAGGAGAGACAUGAACAGAAAUUUCAACUUAGAACUGCACCUAAACAGCGUCAGGUACUGGGGGAGAAAAUCCAGGUUAUUAGGAAGAAAGCAGAUCCUGAAAAGAGACAUCCUGAUUGUCAGGCAGAGAAACAAGACGAUCUCUCAACUCAGCUUGAGGAGGCCAAUCAGAAAUAUCAGGACCUGGAUAAAGAAUUCGACAUUUUACUUGAGGAGAAGCUAGAGUUUCAAUCUCUCGCUGACAACUUGGCUGAUGAUAACUAUAAGCUAUCAACUGAGUUAGGGCAGGCUUACACAGAGAGGCAUGUUUUGGAAGAUAAACUGGAUUCUUUAGAAGCAGAAGGCGAGGAACAAGAACUUGCUACCAAACUGAAGGAGGAAAAUAAACUCCUUUCUACUUCACUCGGAUCCAUGCGUAAUCUAAUCAAGCAUCUCCAGGAAGAGGUUGAAAUUCUGAGUGAAAACAAUGAGAAGCUCCGCCAGGAAACUACAUCGGUUGAGAGUCAAUUAGAGGAUGGACUAUUCGAGGAGCUUGAGAAAAAUACGGCGCUAUGUCAGAUCUUAGAACAGAAAGUCGCCGCAGCAGAAGGCGAGAAAGCGGAAUUUGAAGAAGAAACUUUGAAAUGGGAGAAAGAUAGGGCCGAUCUUUUGACACAACUUCAAAACAGUCAGACACAAUAUCAGAUACUGAAAGAUCAGUUCGAGUCUGUUAGUCAAGAUGGCAAAAAUCGACAUGUACUUGCUUCAAAGUUGAUCGAGGAAAAGGAAGAACUUUGCGUUCAACUUGAAGACAGCCGCAAGGAAUGCCAGGAAUCCGAUGUAAGACUGGAUGUUAUCCCCAAAGCGACUAAAAUACUCGACCAGAAGAUUGCAUACUUACAGACAGACAGGAAAGAACUUCGGAGAAAAUUAGAGACUGCUGAGAAAGAACGCCUGGAUUUCUCCGAGCAAAACAAGGUAGCCAUGGAAAAGUUCAAAGAAGCCGAAGAACUAAGAUUGAAUAUUGAAGAGAAGAAUACGAUACUCGAGUAUGAAAUCAAGCUUGCCAAGAAUAAGGUUGCUGAUUACAAAGCUGAUAACAAAGAUCUUAACGUUCAUAACAGAGGUCUCAAACACCAAAUAGAGUUCCAGAAGAAAAGCAAUGAGGAGCUUGAAGGGAGAGCAUUCACUUUGGUAGAAAUGCUCGAUCUACUGGAGAAGAAAGUAUUUCUAGCUGAGAAUAGACAGAAGCAACUAGAGGGUGAGCUUCAGGUAAGAAACAUCCCAUCUCAGUAUGGCUAUUAUAAUUUUCUAUUCUUACACUUAAAAAAAAAAUCACAACAAAUGGACAAAAGCUCUAGAACAGAGACAAGGCUAAGUACAAAUAGAUGGCCAAUGGGAAGAAGAACAAAAAGAAGCAACGAAUAAGUUUCCUGGAUAGAGCAAAGGUCUUGAAAACAGGACCGUCUGGGUUCGAAACCAAGAAAUAUUUGCAGUGUACUAUUCGAAAGGCAUCAAUUUACAAUUUAGCUCUGCUAGACGGUCUA